UUCAAAACAUGACACUGAAACGUCAAAAAUGAAUUGCCCAUCUCUUCUUCAAUAAAACUUUGUUAUUUUGUUGUUGAACACGAUUGCUAGAAUGGCGUUGCACAUUGAGACACCUCUUAUCCGAAGCGACUCUCUCAGUAAACGAUGGAACUGUCCAGUUUUCUUGAAAUUGGAGAAUUUGCAGAAUAGCGGAACGUUUAAAAUCCGUGGAAUUGGUCAUCUUUGCCAAAAGGCUGUCGCAACAGGAUCUCAGAGAUUUAUCUGCUCUUCAGGUGGAAACGCCGGCAUGGCCGCGGCUCUUGCGGGGCGCGAGUUACAGCGCGACGUGACAAUCAUUGUGCCAGAGACAACACCAGUUCUCGUACGGGACAAGCUGCGAGGACUUGGAGCAGAUGUCGUAGUUCAUGGUUCGGAAUGGAAUGCAGCUGAUGCACUUGCCCGUGAAAAGGCACAGGAACCAGGCUGUCAGUACAUUCCGCCAUUUGACCAUCCUGAUAUCUGGGAGGGUCAUUCAUCCAUGAUGCACGAGAUCCACCGCCAGCUACCGGCCGGAGUACAACCCGGCCUGUUCUCCGUCGCCGUCGGUGGUGGUGGCCUACUGUGUGGAGUACUGCAGGGAAUGCACCACCAGGACAUCGGCUGGGCGGACGUGCCUGUAGUGGCCAUGGAAACCAACGGCUGCCAUAGCUUUGCCGAGGCGGCGAAGAGCGGAAAAGUAGUCACACUGGAUGCGAUAACAAGCGUGGCGACUUGCCUAGGCUCUAAGGCUGUUUGCCAGGAAGCAGUGGAUUGGUGUAGCCGUCAUAGCAGACUGCAUAGUGUUGUCAUUGAAGACAAGGAGACCAUCGAGGCAUGCACACGGUUUGCAGAUGAGCAUCGGAUGCUUGUGGAGCCCGCCUGUGGAGCUGCCUUGUCAGCCGUGUACGGUGACUGCCUGAAGCAGCUGCAGCAGGACUCAGUUCUCUCCGCACACUUCUCCAGUAUAGUUGUCAUUGUCUGCGGCGGAAACUCCAUCAGUACAAGAAUGCUGGAGGACUGGAAGUCUAGAUUUGAUGUCAAGUGAUUUGAAGGUGUGUUGAAGUUCAAGUUUCAUUUUAUCUGCCUCCCUACACCCUAGCUUAGCUACAGCAAUACCUGUGUGUAUGGAGGGGUGGGGGGGGGGGGGGUAUUACUAUUAGCCAAUAUACGUGCUAUUGAUGUGCGUAUCCAGUAUAUCCCUUUUUGAUCUUUAGCUAUGGUAGGUUUUAUCUUCAUCAGUGUUUUGCUUGCAUUCUUGCAGGCUUCGUAUAACGCAUUGCAGGCUUAUUUUACUAGCUAUUCAUUAUUCUCCUUCUGACUUAGAUACUUGUACUAGAGCCGAAUACAUAUUCAAUUGUCAACUGAGUGCAUUCAGUGCGUGUUCGAUUGUCCUGUAGUUUGGUUCUGGACACUGUCUUUAGCUACUCCGCAAUGAUCACUUGCCUGUGGAGGGUUUAGUGAGCAAGUCUGAGAGGAUGUCCACAGCAGGGAGUCGUCAAAGGUAUUUGACGACUCCCUGGUCCACAGCUUAUUCUUACAUGCAAAGUGUUGAUUUUUUAUUUCCAGCGAAAAAUGUUGAGGUGAACCGGCGUCCAUCGUGUCCUCUCGAUGUCUUUCAUGGUAUAUUUCUAGUAUUUUGAUACUAUUUUUCUCGGAUUUCUCCUGGGUUUUGUGGCCCAACUAUACGUCAUGGUUUUCCAAACAUACUUCAUGUCAUCCAGCAACACCUUAGUAUGAUCAUAUUUUGUGUGCCUUUGGCAAGACAGUGGCAAGUAUUGACAGUAA